GCCGUAGUGGAUGCAAAUCGUGCAGAUGCUGCAGCUGCUGGACUAGUGCUUCGGCCCCUGCUGUUCAAGGAGGAUGCUCAGCUGGUCGCCGAGUCUCCAGCCAGGAGUGUUGAACCUUCCAGCCCGCCUGAGACGGAGCCGAGAACAGCAACCUACACUCCCGCCAACACGCUCUUCCUGCAGAUCAAAGGUAAACGUGAAGGUGUGCUUUCUGUUCACCGUGUGCUGGACACAGAUGUGGAAGGCUACCAGUUGGUCUUCCGCAUUACAGAAACAUGGCCUUUGCUGUCCCGUAAACAGCAAUUCACGAACUGGCACACCAAGAGAGACUCCAUGAUGCCCAAGCUUGAAAGGAAGUGGUCUGUGGAUUGCGACCUCCACAUUAUUCGCAAGCUGGGGUAUAAAGGGCAUCAGGUCGCAGCAGAUGCUGUGCAGCGGCCCCGGCUUUCUUUCGACGGGGUUGCUUCAGCUCUCCAGCUCAAGGGCUGCAAGAAGACUUUGAAGGAUGGUUGCCUCGCAGGCUUCGAUCUUCUCAUCACUAACUGCUGCAAGCCCGAUGAGAGCAUCCUGUUGCUACCGGAUGAGCCUGACUGUAUGUUGAGAUGUCUUGCUUUCGACUUGGAUUUGGAGACGUGGGGGAGAUGCCUGCAAUUCCUCGACAUCAAGUCCAGGUGGGAGAAGUGCUCCAUGAUCUCCGUUGCUCAGCAACGUCUGCAAGCAGGGGUGCCGCUGUCAGCUGCCUCGUGGUUCCUGAUGAGAUUGCCUUUCGACGAAGUCUUGUGCGAGGCUGGUGGUCGGGCCGUGUCAAAGUUGCCAGACUUCAGCGAAGACUGCUUCACUCGCUCUGCCAAUCUGCAGAGAGCCAAGGUGAAGCACGCUAUGGCCAUGGAACGUUUCCUUGCCCGUUCCUCCGGCUUCGCGAACAAAUCCGAUGCGACCCUCGAUGAGCUCGGCUUGGGAUGGUUAGCUCCCUCGCACUCACACAGGCUCGCAUCCGACUUGGCUUUCAGAUAUCUGCGAUUGGCCGGCACCAGCAUUACCCAGGAGCUCAACCAGCAGACUUUCCGCAGCCUGAGCUUCUUGUGCGAUGCUUCGCCGAAAGCUUUUAAGGAGGAAGGCUUUCAGCGAUGCUAUCAUGAUGGCAAGCCCUUUCUUUAUGAUGUGAACAAGGGCGAAGGUCUUUGGCUGGAGAUUGAAGAUGAUGACAGAGUCCGCCUCAUUCUGAAUCCUGAUGAAGGGUCUCCACUGUUCGCUGGUUUUCAGUUCCUGGCGAAUGUGAAGCUGCCUGUGGCUUUUCGACGGGACGAGUU